AUGGGGGUCCAGGGACUGUACAAUCUGUUGGAGCAUCACCAGAACAUCUACGUGGAAGUAGAGUUCAGGCAGAGCCGGCUGGUGAUUGACGGCAGCGGCAUCCUCCACCUGCUGUACUUUGACUCAGGUCUGGACCAGAAUCACGGCGGUGAGUACGCUGCGUACGAAGCGUUGAUUGAGAAGUUCGUCAAAGCCCUCAGAGACUGCCAGAUCACACCGUACGUGGUGCUGGACGGAGGCUUGGACUACACGGACAAGAAGCUGGAAACUGUGACCGAAAGAAACACAGAUCGCGUCAAUAAAGCCCAUAAAGCGGCCGUGGAGGGCAGUCACCAGGGCAUCCUGCCACAGCUGGCCAAUAUAGUCUUCACACAGACGCUGGCGAGGCUGAAGGUCCAGGUGGCAAGGUGCUACGGAGAAGCUGACCAGGAGAUCGCGGCCCUGGCCAGCGAGUGGCGGUGCCCGGUGCUGUCUGUAGACAGCGACUUCUUCAUCUUCGACCUGCCGGGGCCGGUGGGGCUGCUGCCCAUAUCCCACUUCCAGUGGGAGGCGGUACAAGGGACCGGCUCGCAGCGCUACAUCCCCUGCAAGGGCUACACCACAUCCAGCUUCUGCAACUUCUUCCAGAUCCAGCCCCAGAUCCUGCCCGCCUUCGCCGUACUGGCAGGGAACGACUACGUGAAGCUGCAGAGGAGCGAGUCGCCCAUCAAGUGGGCUCAGUUCGCCGGUCCAGACGCCUACUGGAAGACAAGGCACCUGGAGGGGCUGCUCCGCUGGCUGAGGUCCUUCAGCGAGCCGCGGGGUGCCUUCGGGGCGGCGCUGGGGCUGAUGGGAGGACUGAGCGAGGACAAAAAGAAGGAGCUGCUGCAAGAUCUACAUCUGGGCGUGGAGGAGUACAAACUCCCCCCCAGCUCCCUGAAAGAGUUCUUCAUCCAUGGGGUGGUGCCUCCGUUCCCAGCUGUGGAAGAGGUGGCGGGUCGUGUCCCAGACUGGGUCCGGCUGCCGCUGACCCAGGCCCGGCUGACGUCAGACAUCCUGGACGCCCUGGUGAUGCGCAGGAUCACGCUCAACUACCCCGUGGAGCACGGGAACAUGCCCAGCUGUCACCUGAUGUCCCGGCCGCUGCGCCAGCUGAGGUACGGGCUGCUGCUCGGCGAGGGCGAGGAGGUGACGGAGCGAGACAGAGACGGACUGCAGGUCAUUUUCAACCCAGUCAAAGCUGUGGUCCCAGGCAACGGACAGCAGCUGACACUCAACUCGCUGGAUCAGGCGGAUCCCUCUCUGCGUCUGCAGGUGUUACUGGAGGCUCUGGGCAUGACCAAGGCCUCUUUGAGCGUCCUGCCGCCUCAGCUGCGCCUCCCGGUGGCCGCCACCUGCUACUGGCGGAGCGCUCAACCUAGGGCGGACGGGAAGCUGCUGAAGGCGCUGCUGCUGGGCCUGAGCAAUGGGGACACACUGAGCCAGAGAGCAGCUCUGCAGCUUCCAAACCACCAAGGUGGACAGAACCUGGAUGUGGGCGUGGUUCACGCCAUCAACCAAUGGCAGAGUUGCCUGAAGGUCAGCAUCCAGCUGAACCAGCUGCUGGGCAACCCCUUACCUGAACCCCCGAUCGCCAGGUUGUUUGAGGGGACGCUGACCCACCAGCUGGUCCACAGGAUGAGGUCAGGAGAAAACAUGGAGUCCUUUCUGAAUGAGCCCUCCAGUGCGAGACUGUACCACACCAUGGAGACCGUCGUCCACCAGGGGGCGCCUGCAGAGCUAGAGCAGUAG